AUGUGUGGAAUUUUUGCAUAUAUCAAUCAUUUGACACCGAAAACACGACGGGAGAUAUUGGAAUUGCUCGUGAAUGGAUUAAAACGCUUAGAAUACCGCGGUUACGAUUCUGCAGGAGUCGCUAUAGAUGCCGCUGAUCAGAAGGAUAUUGCUGUUGUGAAGAAAAGCGGCAAAGUAGCCGCUCUUGAGGAGCUAUUGCAAGAGCAAAGCCUCGAAUUAUGUGUUGAGGAAUCAGUGGAAUCGCAUUGCGGCAUUGCCCACACACGUUGGGCAACUCAUGGUGAACCUAGUGCAAUAAAUUCACAUCCUCAACGCUCUGGGGAAGAUAACUCUUUUGUAGUGAUCCACAAUGGCAUCAUUACUAAUUACAAAGAAGUCAAGACUUUUCUUGAAAAUAAGGGUUAUGCUUUUGAAUCUCAAACUGAUACAGAAGUUAUUGCUAAACUAAUUCACCAUAUUUUUAGUCAACAUAAGGACUUCAGCUUUCAGGAGCUUGUGGAGCAGGUAAUUCAACAACUAGAAGGAGCUUUUGCUCUGUGUUUUAAGUCUCGUUAUUUUCCAAAUGAAUGUGUAGCUACAAGACGUGGUAGCCCAUUGCUUGUGGGUAUAAAAACAAAAAGGCGUCUAUCAAGUGACCAUGUACCGAUUAUGUACACUAACAAUAAAGCUACAAGGGGUGUUGUGCCUUCAGUGCCUCGUGUAAACAGUCAUGCUCACUUUGAGCCAGAAGAGGAGAGAGAUGUGGAAUAUUUCUUUGCAUCUGAUGCUUCUGCUGUUAUUGAGCACACAAAUAGAGUACUUUACUUUGAAGAUGAUGAUGUAGCUCAUAUUAGAGAUGGUGUUCUUAGUAUUCAUCGUAUGUCUGGUAGCAGCUCUGACCCUCAUGAAAGAGAAAUUUUGACUCUGAAACUGGAAAUACAACAAAUUAUGAAAGGUAACUAUGAUUACUUCAUGCAAAAAGAAAUUUUUGAACAAUCUGAAUCUAUUGUUAACACUAUGAGAGGUCGUCUUAACUUUGCUAAUGGAACUGUGAUUCUUGGAGGAAUCAAAGAUUAUAUUCCGGAAAUUAAGAGGUGCAGAAGAUUGAUGUUGAUUGGUUGUGGUACCAGUUACCAUAGCGCUGUUGCUACUCGUCAGUUAUUGGAAGAACUGACAGAACUUCCGGUAAUGGUUGAGCUGGCAUCUGACUUUUUAGAUAGAAACACACCAGUUUUCCGUGAUGAUGUUUGUUUCUUUAUUUCUCAAUCUGGUGAAACUGCAGAUACUUUGAUGGCUUUACGUUACUGUAAAAGGCAUGGAGCCCUUAUAGUUGGUAUUACAAAUACUGUAGGAAGUUCCAUUUGUCGUGAGUCGCAUUGUGGAGUACAUAUUAAUGCUGGACCUGAAAUUGGUGUGGCUUCCACAAAAGCCUAUACAUCGCAAUUUGUGUCACUUGUCAUGUUCGCUUUAGUAAUAAGCGAAGAUCGCAUUUCACUACAAAAAAGGAGAGCAGAUAUAAUUGAAGGGCUUCAUGAGUUAGAUAUAAAAAUUCGUCAAGUAUUGGCAUUGGAUAGUAAAGUUAAAGCUUUAGCAGAGGAUUUGUAUCGACAGCGCUCAUUACUAAUUAUGGGUCGCGGAUACAAUUUCGCUACUUGUUUAGAAGGAGCAUUAAAGGUCAAAGAAUUGACUUACAUGCACAGUGAGGGUAUUAUGGCGGGAGAACUGAAGCAUGGUCCACUUGCACUUAUUGAUGAUUCUAUGCCAGUAAUGAUGAUAGUUAUGCGUGACCCUGUUUACACAAAAUGCAUGAAUGCACUACAACAAGUUACAGCUCGUCAAGGUCGACCAAUCGUUGUUUGCGAGGAAGGAGAUACGGAAACAAUGGCACUCGCGUCUCAGAUAUUAGAAGUUCCAAAAACAGUAGACUGCUUGCAAGGAGUACUUACUGUUAUUCCUAUGCAGUUACUUGCUUAUCAUAUAGCAGUCUUGCGAGGCUGCAAUGUCGACUGUCCAAGAAACUUGGCUAAAUCAGUUACAGUUGAA